AUGGUCGGCAAGUCACUCACCCUGUACUGUCUUGUCGACGGAGAGGCUACCACCAACGCGUUCCCUGUCAAGAUUCCUUCAAGUAACACUGUCGGCGACCUCAAGGAUCGCAUCAGGAAAAAGCAGAGUCCUGACUUUGACGACAUUGUUGCAAACAAGCUCAUCCUCUACCGCGUCUCCAUUCAUGACGACGGUACCCAUCACGACAAAACGGAGCUGAACAACCCUAGAACGCCCCUCUCCAAGCUGUUUUCCAAGAGUCCGGACGAUGACAUUUACAUUUUUGUCCAGCGUCCCGCUCUCCAAGUUCAAGCCUCUGUUCCUACCCGCGUCUCCGCUCCUCUAUCACCCACACAACUGAAGUCUGUCCCGGUAGACCUCAUCGAGAAGGAGUUGGCAGUGAUUCUCAAAGGCGUCGACCAUCACCAUAUCACUGAUCCCUUCGAUCCAAAGACCGUCGAAUCGUCUCAAAGGGAAAGACUAGGACCUUUUUACAAGAGGACCUUGCCAUAUCACAAUACAGCGACAGAAACAAGCCUGGUGAUGUUAGGACUUGAGCUGGACAAGCAAGCGAGGACGGCAAGCGAUGAGACUCUUCGUUCUAUUGUCGAGGACGACAUCGGAAAGUUCAAUGGUCACCGCGUGGUCGCCAUGGUUGCCCCGUCCGGCUCAGGAAAGACCGCCACUGUCAUUGAUCUGGCAGCCAAGCACUUUGUCGUUUACUGCGUCUGUUGUUCUCCGGACCCUACAACCUCUCCUGACUUUGAAGACUCCAACUUUGUCACACUUGCCAAAGACGUCGAGCGUAUAUACAGGAACAGGACUGUCGGUGGGCCGAGGACAUUACCCGAAUUGUUGAAUCUCGAUUCCGAUGUGAAGGCACGCGUAGGAGAGCGCGUCGAGCACGAGUUCCUUGCGCGAUUUCUUUUCCUCCUGCUGCUUCUCAACAAGAAUCCUGAUCUGGAACCAAUCCAGUUUUUCCGUGAGCAGACCACUGGAGGAGCCACAACUAUCGGCGAGCUGGUCUAUAAGCUUCGGGAGUACGACUACCUUACAAUUUACGCUAUGCUUGGUAAAGUCCAAACCAAGCUUCAGUCUCUCCUUGUUCCCAAACGACUUGGAUUGGUGAUUGCCCUUGAUGAGGCUCAAGUUGCAGCGACCCACAUCUUGUCUGGCAAGCUCCUCUCGCCAUCCGCAUUGAGCAUGAGCAAUAACGUCCUCUUCGACAGCCACAGCCAAAUACGAUCCAACUUCCGCCGCGGGUUUCUCACGCCUUUGUCCGGAACGCUGAGCAGAAUGCAAUCAACGCUGGUGAUUCUUGGCACAGCACUCUCACUGCAGGAUGCCGCUCAUGUUUACUCGGCCAUCGCCAAACCCAUCAAUUUCACAAGAAUAACGGAAUUCCCCCUAUUCAAUGAGGCCGACGUGGACAAACUUCUCUCGGAUCUGGUCGACAUGUCGGGCUGUGAAAUCCCACCUGCCAAACGCCGCAAGCUAACAGGACGAGCUCGAUUUUCCGUUGACGUCGUCAAAUACCUUGCCUCGCGCUGCUCUUCUAAGGCCUCGAAACAAGCGAUUCUGGCUAGUGCUGUCGACCUGUCGAUUGAGCAGACAUUAACUCAACUCCGGGCCGGGGUUCGCGAAAUCCUCGAGAGCGACAAUACAGGCGAGGCAGCUCGACUUCUUUGCCGAAUGGUCUUGGCCUAUCGUCUCUCAGGUGCCAAAAUUUCGUUCUCGAGCCAACAGCAGUCCGACUUUGUGGACAAGGCCUUGUGCAGACUAACACCACAUCCUGAUGGUAUUCAUUUGAUCAUGGACGAGCCAAUGGUACUCGAGGCGGUGCAGGAAGAGUUAAAGGCUUCAUGCAAGGAUCCGUCGUUCGUUGAGUACCUGGAUCAACUCUACCAAGUUGUCACCAACUUCGGCGUGGCUUCAACGUCAAAGGGGAAUGCACUGGAGCCCCUUGUCCGUCGAUCACUUCAACGCUUCAACGGCUACCGUCUUGUUGAUCUUCCGUUCCUUCGAGGUGUCGCAUUGCCCACCUGGUGUAUCACUCUCCGGUUACAAAUUGACAGUAUUGACACAGCCAAAGGGUUCGGAUACACCAUCGGUGGAGUUCGCGCCGACCUCGCCUUCCUCACCAAAUGCCCUCCAAACAAGAUGCUUAUUGCCUGCUCAGGCACACGUCCGGAUGGAGCCUGGUUUUUCUCUAACAGAAAGUAUGCCGGCUCUCUUGCGAUCAAGUUCUUCAGCAGCCGCUUUUCAGUCGACAUGCAGCAGUCAAAUGAAACUUCCAGUGAUAUUCGAGCUUGUUUCUUGCAAGCGGAUGGCACCUUGAACGAAUCCUUGGCAAAUAUUCGAAGCGACUAUGAGGCUUCGGGUACUCCGUCCAACCUCAGGGGCAUCCUCCGUAUCCAUACCGAGUUCCAUAACGUCAAGAGGGGUAUGCCAACUUCCCACAUCAAGAAAGACCCCGUGACUCGCGCCGAGGAUGUGAUGGUGUAUAUCAACCUUUUGAACAUGGACGACUUUUUCUUUGAGGGCAUCCCAGAGCACAAGGACGAUAUGGUCCAAUUGAAAAAGAUUAUCAGAUAUGUUUGCCAGGGCUGA